AUGAAUAACGGUCAUAGCAAAAGUUAACAAAACUACUGUGGAAACAAUAAUGAAUAUUUGUCGUUUGAAAUAGAUUAAGCUUUCCAUAAUUCGAAAGAUUUUGCUGAUUAUGAAUUGAUUGAUCACAAUAAUAAACUUUAAUUAAACUAACCAAUUCAAUUGUUAAGUAGUGGUAUAGUUGAUGAAACACAAUGUAAAUUCUUUAUUAUAUUUGUAGAGGACAAUAAGAUAAUCAAAUUCGAUGGAGUUUAAAGGAAGGAUAGAUACUGGCCUAAUUAAUAUGGUAUAUUGAGAAUUGUUAAGAAUUAAUAUGAAUUAAUAUAUAAUUUAGAAUAAUGGUACAGCAAUGAAGACAGGAUGCCUAAAUUUGAUAAAUCAAUUAAUAUUGGAUCCACUGAUUAGAUUAUUUGCUAUGAUUUUGUUUGGAUAACAAGUAAAUCUGUAAUCAUAGAUUGUAUUGAGAUGAUAGAUGAAGUAGAAACCAAUUAUUUUUAUAUAUUUCAAAUUGGAGAUUAAAUUAAAAAGUCAAAAAUACUAAAUGAUUAUCCAUACUCUAAAAACUAAGAAAGACAACUAUAUAUUCAAAGUAAGUACUUAUACAGAGUUACUAAGAAGAAUCAAUAUAAUAAUUAGAAUUAAGUGGAAAUGUUUCAAUAUAACUCUGAAACCCUUGAACUCACAAAUUUGCAACAAUAAAUAGCUAAUUUUUUAUAGAUAAUGAUUUCACUUUAUUAUAUACAGAUUACUCAAAUUUUUUAAUUUUGGAUUUCAAAUGCAGUGACACCUAUUAAUUUACUUUCCUAGAUGAUUUCCAAAAUAUUGUAUAUCUAUAACAUUAUAAUAAUGAAUGGAAUUUAGAAGUAUAAUGGUGUAAAUAUAAAAUUUUUUCCUAUGAUUUUGAUUUCUAGCAAAAAAAGUAUAUAGGAAUUGGAAAAUCAUUUUUUUAUGAAUCGUCAUAACCAAACUAUUUACUGA